GGAAUUAUAACAAAAAUAAUAAUUUAAGAAAUAGUGGCAUUACUUCGCGCGCGUGCCUACUCCUAUCACUCCACUCGAAUUCUCUUUAUUUCUCCCGCACCACCUUCUCUCUGUCUCUUUCUCUUCCUGUGAUCUCUCUGUCACUAACUAUUUAUACAAGUGCUGCAGUUUAAUUUGUUGUUAUCGACGUUAUCAAUUGCGACUACACACGGAGCAGACCCGAAAUAAAAGCAGCAUCAUGACCGAACCCAAAAAUGUUCCCAAUUCUAGUGCAGAUGUACCGUUUCGCAGUAACGAACUGCGCAAACAAUCACUCGCUCAACCCUCGAGUCUGGUGGGGGUCAUCGAUGAAGGCACGAAAACUAUCGCUUUUUCCAUUUACACAACGCCGGACUUUAAGGAAAUUGCUGCUCAUCGCGUUGAGUUGACCGCAAUAACGCCGCAGGAUGGCUGGUAUGAGCAGGAUCCUCUGGAGAUCAUGGCCUCCAUAAACGUAUGCGCCGACGAAGCCAUCAAACAACUUUCAGAACAUGGAUAUAGCGCAAGCGAUAUCGCUACGGUAGGCAUUACAAACCAACGAGAGACGACCAUUGUCUGGGAUGCGGUAACCGGGAAGCCACUGUACAAUGCGAUUGUAUGGAAGGACAUACGCACAUCGACGACGGUCGAGCAAAUUGUAGCCAAGGUUCAGGAUGCGAAUCACUUCAAGCAGAGUACGGGCCUGACCAUUUUCACAUACUUCUCGGUCUCGAAAAUACGCUGGCUUAAGGACAAUGUGCCAGAAGUAAAACGCGCUUGCCGUGAAAAACGCUGCAAGAUAGGAACCGUGGACAGCUGGAUCAUAUGGAGUCUUACGAAUGGUGCUUUGCAUAUUACCGACGUGACAAACGCCUCACGCACCCUGCUUAUGAACAUCGAAACAUUAAGCUGGGAUCCAGUGUUGUUGAAAACAUUUUCCAUACACGAGGACAUGUUGCCAGAAAUACGCAGUUGUUCAGAGAUAUUUGGAAAGAUCACCUCGGAAAAAUCAGUCCUGCGUGGCAUUACUCUGAGCGGCAUUCUGGGCAAUCAACAAGCCUCGCUGUUAGGCCAAAUGUGCGUGAAGCCCGGACAAACGAAGAGUACCUAUCGCUCCGGCUGCUUUCUGCUCUGUAAUACAGGUGAUAAGCCGGUAUUUUCACGGCAUGGGCUGCUCACUACAGUCGCGUAUAAGCUGGGACCAAAUGCAAAACCUAUUUAUGCCCUUGAGGGUGCGGUAUCUGUGGCUGGUCAUACGCUCUCCUGGCUGCAGCACAAGGUGCGUCUCUUGUCCGAUUCCAACGAUGCUGAAAAGUAUGCAGAGGCGGUUCCCUCGUCGGGUGAUGUGUACUUUGUGCCUGCCUUCACAGGUCUGUAUGCACCUUACUGGCGACAAAACGCACGUGGCAUCAUCAUUGGUCUGACACAGUUCACGAAGAAGAAUCACAUCGUGCGAGCAGCUCUAGAAUCAAUCUGCUUCCAGACGCAGGACAUUCUGGAGUGCAUGCAUCAGGAGUGCGGCUACGAGAUCAAUAAACUGCAUGCCGAUGGCAAGUUGACCACCAACAAACUACUAAUGCAGCUCCAGGCAGACACUGCAGGCAUUCCCGUCUUCCGUUCUCAAAUGCAGGACUCGGUUGCGUUUGGGGUAGCCAUGUGUGCUGCCCAGGCGGAGGGUAUUAAUCUGUGCAAAUUUGAACCGGAGAAACGCUACUAUGAGAACGUGCAUUAUGACACGUUCCUGCCCACAACAACAGAGCUGGAGCGCACGGAACGCUACGGAAAAUGGAAACGUGCGGUAGAGCGAAGCCUCGGCUGGGUCAUCAAACAGAAAAAGACGCGAGGUAACACUGAGGAGUACUACAGGCUGUUAUCCUCAUUACCGGCAAGCAUUUUCCUAAUUAGCAGUUUUGCCAUGCUGGUGCACUCGCUGGCAUCAUCUGCGAAGUAGCAUCAAAUUUGCAGGUUUAACUGCUGCCGACCCCAGAUGAUUGAUAAAACGUGACAUGUAUCAUGUCUCCAUAACAUUAACUGAACUGUAACGAUUUAGAAAUGAAUGGGAAUGACACUCAAAAGUAUAAAAUGUAUAAAAUAUUUGUCUAUAACGAGCAAAACCAAAUAGGUUAACACUUACACAUUUACGCGGUUGUAUAUACAUAUUGAUAUAAGAAACUCUAAUCAGAUAUGGCCUCAGUGAAUUAAGAGAGAUGUGAUUUUAGGCAUUACCUAUUUGCCCCCUUCCCCUUGUCCAUGUCCAUGUCAGUGUCCAUAUUAGCGUACUUAAGGCAAUACUCAACGAAUCAUAUUCGUAACACGUUGAAUGGUGGUUUGCCAUUUGUACGACGCUUACAUUACAUAUUAUACUUGUAUGUACAUGUACAUCAGUGUUUGGUUGUGAUAUUUCCUAAUUAGUUUAAUGCAGCUUACGACUCAUGUACAUAUUAUUUGUUUAGUUCCCAACAUGUUCAAAAUGGUUAAUUGCGCUUUAAAUUGUGUUAAUGCAUAUCUAAGAACUUAAACAUAAAAAUAGCUACACAUGCCAUUUGUAACAUUUACAUAUGUAUACUCGUACAUAUGUACGUAUGUUUUCGUAUAUUGUAUAUUAUAUGUUUAUAUACAUGACGUAGUAUGUAUAAAAGUCAUUCGCCUAAAACUUUGAUCGUAACAAUUGUUAAUCUUAUCGUUUUCUUUUUUGUUGCACAUUUUAAUUAAAAGACAAAAGUCGUGUUUCAUUAGGCUUUUUGCGUCAAAUGUGUGUAUGUGCCAUGAUUAAGUCUAUAUGUAUGUAUGUAUGUAUGUGCGAAUAUAAAUUCCUAAAUAAAAUUCCCAAUGCCAACUGAUUAUGUAUGUUUUAUCUAUACAAUACAUAUGUAUAUAAAACAGUUUGUCCUGACUUGCUGGCUGAUUGGUGCCCGACUUAUUGUGGCAUUCUUGUUGAAAAAUUGGAACACGAAAAGGCAAAGGAUUAUCAACGCACAGCCCUAACGGUAAAGGCCCAGCGUAGGGGUACUAAAAAGCAGUUUUGGAAAAUUUAAACUCCAAAUUGGGAAUGGGCUCCAACGUUUGUAUGAAAAAGCAGAAUUUUUUUUAUCCAAAUAAAGUCAAACUUGGUAUCUGUACUCCAAAAAAGGAUACACAACAAGCUGAUUUUUUUCACUUCGAUCGACUUCAAAUCUGCGUUUACGAAGGUUUUUUUUUA